AUGCAGGUGCAUGAUGUGCCGAUCAUGCCUCUUGAUGGGCUUAAGCUCAAGGUUUUUUACGAUAGUAUUAGGUGCUUGGAUUUUAUUAGAGCUGUUGAUCUAAGGCAGACCCAAUCUCUUUCCAUUAGUAAAAGAUUAUUGGAGAAUCCGAGUGCAGAUUUGUUUUCAUUCAAUUAUGCGGAUGAAGUGUUUUUGUCUAAGUCUCCUGUUAGGGUUAACUCUGUUUACUCAAGAUAUCUAGGUGGUAUUGGACGUAUUGUUUCCCAUCAGAACCCAUCUACCAGAGAGUUUAAAAUUCUUCCUCAAUCCACAGUCCAGCGUCCUCCUGGACUACUGGAUUUCUCUAGUUUUAAUUGCCUUGGUUUUGGGUAUGAUUCUCAAACCGAUGACUUCAAAGUUAUAAGAUUUGUUACUCAUUACUUUGAAGAGAAUCUAGAUGAAGGGUUGAUAGCAGAUUGGACCAGACAAGUUGAGCUAUAUUCGCUUAAAAAUGAUUCAUGGAAGGAAAUUCCAUUUACUGGGGUUUAUGCUUUUGCUUCUACUUUGUUUAAUAAUUAA